AUGGCGUCCAAUGGCACAGGCCCUUCGCCAACCUCUUCCGCCAAACCAACACCACGAGCUUCGCGACAGUCGUCCAUAUCAGGGCAACAGCACCAACCCGCGAUCCCGUCUGGUCUCCGACAAGCCCACAUGCCUCCUUCCUCACCCGAAGAAGGCUCGCAUCCACCACCUCGUCCCCAGACCAACGGCGACUACCCAGCCAUAGACUGGGAAGGCGUCCACCCUGUAUCUCACGACUACGCUUCCGUAGCCCCAGACGAGCCUGCAACACAUGCCCAAGGCAUGAUCGACGAACCGCCCGAGGACGCAGAUGCCAGGACGAAGCUGCUGUGGAAUGGACAGAAAUAUCACGUCGCGCCGCAUUGUGAGGAUCCAAAUUGUGAUCAUGGCGCCUACUCGCCUAGACCGCGAUACAUGAAGGGCUAUGGGAGCUUUGCGCCUUCGGUCAUGUCGGUGGGGUAUGGUGGGCCCAAUCAGAAUGGAGAAGGAGGCUCGUAUCGGGGUGACUAUAUUGAGGGCGCACUCGGCGAUGCGGUUACAGAUGGUCUGCUGGGACGACCGAGUAAGAAGAGUACCACACACUGGCUGGCACGGAAACAUGGCGUGACAAAUGAACGAUUAAUGUACCUCCUCUACUACCUCCCCAUCUCCAACUGGCUCCCCCAAUACAAAUGGUCCUACCUCCAAGGCGACCUCAUCGCCGCCCUAACCAUGGCCUCCUUCUACAUCCCCAUGUCCCUCUCCUACGCCUCGAACCUCGGCCACAUCCCCCCGAUCAACGGCCUCUACAGCUUCGUCUUCAACCCCCUCAUCUAUGCUCUCCUGGGAACGUGCCCGCAAAUGGUCGUCGGGCCCGAAGCCGCUGGGUCUCUGCUCACGGGCGGCGUGGUGCGGGAAGCGAUUAAUAAUGGUCACCAUGCCGACCACGAAGCUCACGAUUCAGCAGCCGUGGCAGGAAUGGUCACUGGCUUGGCCGGCGCCGUAAUCCUAGGCGCGGGCAUCUUCCGGCUCGGCUUCCUGGACUCCGUGCUCUCUCGUCCUUUCCUCCGAGGCUUCAUCAGCGCAAUCGGUAUCGUAAUCCUAGUCGACCAACUCAUACCAGAAAUGGGUCUAGACACAGCCGCUUCGCACUCCGCCGCCGGCUCCCACGGCAGCAGUCUGGAUAAGAUCCUCUUCUUAUUCCGACAUAGUCACGAAGCUCAUCGGCUUACGUGCGCGGUAGGUUUCAGCACUAUAGCCAUCGUCCUUGUCCUCCGAGAAAUAAAACGCCGAUUGCAGCCGAGGAUGAGCUGGGUAGCUUAUAUCCCCGACCGAUUCCUGGUCGUCGUGUUCUCCGCUAUCUUUGCAUGGAAAUUCGACUGGGAGAGUCAGGGACUGGAGAUUUUGGGCGAUAUCAAGGCGAAGGGAACACCGUUCCAGCCAGCUUUCCCCUUUGCAGCUAAAAACUUCAAGAACGUCCCUGAUGCUUUUGGGACGGCUUUCGUGAUUGCCUUGUUGGGCUUCUUCGAAAGCAGUGUCGCGGCUAAAAGUCUGGGGUCUGGACAGGCGGGCAAGAAACAGACGAUCAAAGACGCUAAUGGGAAAGAGGAAGUGGUGGAAGCGGAUGGUAUCAAAGGUGUCACGGUCAGCGCGAACCGAGAACUCGUUUCCCUCGGCGUGGCGAACUUGAUCGGAGGUGUCUUCAUGGCACUCCCAGCUUUCGGCGGGUACGGCAGGAGUAAAGUCAAUGCGAGUACGGGGGGCAAAACCCCCAUGAGUUCGGUGUUCUUGUCGCUGAUCUCCGUAUUCUGCGUCGUCUUUCUCCUGCCGUACUUUUACUAUAUCCCCAAAGCCACCCUCUCCGCCAUGAUCUCCGUAGUAGCCUACUCCCUCAUCGAAGAAGCGCCGCACGACAUCCGCUUCUUCUGGCGGAUUUCCGGGUACAACGAACUCUUCCUCAUGACCAUCAUCUUCCUCACCACCUUCUUCUGGAACCUGCGUAUCGGGAUUAUAGUAGGAAUUGGCCUCUCGCUCCUCCGAUUACUCAAACAUGUUUCUCGACCUCGGAUACAGAUUCUGGGGAAAGUCCGAGGAAGGGAGAAUGAGUUCGAGAAUGCCGAGACCAUGGCCGCUGAGGCUGCAGCGAGUGGGGAAGAUGGGGAUGGAGCAGUAGUGGAUUUCAUCCCCCAUUGUUUAAUCGUCAAGAUCCCCGAACCCUUGACUUUCGCCAACACAGGCAGUCUCAAAGACCGUCUCCGUCGCCUCGAAGACCACGGGACCAACUCCGCACACCCUGCCUUGCCGAAAGUGCGCCGCGCGGAACACAAUCAGAAUAUCAUCUUCGAUAUCCACGGCGUCACAUCCAUGGAUCCCGCGGCUGCGCAGGUGUUACUUGAGAUCGUGCAAUCGUACAUCGAAAACGGAACCCACGUAUUCUUCUGCCGUGUCCCGGGAAGAAGAGGAGAGGUCUGGCGGUUAUUGAAUGUUACCGGCAUCGUGGAGCUUUGUGGUGGUGAGGGGAGUUGUUUGAGGAGUGUUUCCGAGGCGCUGAGGGCGACGGAACGGAGUAGUACGUUAAGAAUUGGAGGGGUUGCGGAUGUUGAUGUGGAGGAGGGGUUGGGGGUGGGGGAGGGGACGCAGACGGAGGAUUGGGGAGAUCGUGAUGAUGGUGAGGGGGGGACGGGGGAUAUGGUCGAGGGGAUUAGGGGGAGGAUGGGGUUUGGGAUGGGGGAGGACGGGGUUGAGGAGGGGAAUAGAGAGAAUGGGGCAAGAGAACAGCCCGAGCAUGAUCCGUUGACUGCGGAUGCGAAGGCGAGUAGAGCGUAG